GCCUUGGGUAGAGAGGGGUGCACCGGAAGGCUAUUACGGCAGUGUGUGCCGUGGGAUACAGCGAAAUGUUUGAUUGGUGAUGAGAGCAUGCUGAUGUGGCAUUGGACUAAGGUGGCACUGCAUUGCGUUGUGGGUGGUACCGAGGUCAUGACCGGUCAUCAAAUGCAACAUCAGCUCAAUUGGGACAAUGAUGAAGGGUCACUUGUGGAUCCGACAUUUAUUGCAAUGCUGAGAGAUCCUGACUCCCGAAGGAAAGAGCAAAUGGAGAGGGCUGCACAGUUGAACUCGGCUUGGCAGAGAUGGGGAGGAUUGAUUGGUCUAAGUGCGUUUGGGUCACCGCCACUCAGUGUUGUGGAAGAAGAGGCUCUUCAUGCCAGAUAUUUGGCACGUGCCAAUGCAGUGAAUCUAAGUGAUGUGGCGGAGAUGAAAAUUGUUCCAAAUGAAUUGUCGCUCCGGCUAGGAGUUCUACCUUCUCUUCUGAAUGAUUUCAAGCUGUUUCUUUCAUUGGGUUCUUUAAUGCCUGCGUCUACACGGUCGCAAACGAGAGAGAGAGAGAGAAGAGAGAAGUUAUUGAGUGUUGUUUUCGAGGGAGUGAGGAGAGGGAAGAGGAGCGUUCGUCACAAAGCUGAGAGGAAGUACGGACCCCUCUUGAGAGUCUUACUGACACCCUCAUCCUCCAUCAUGGCAUCUGCAGCAGAUUGGAAACUGCAGAUGGACGCUGCCCCUGAGGCAGAAAAACCGCAAUAUCAGUUCUUCUACGAGAAAGCCUUGAAGAGGGAGGAGGAAGAGAAAGAGAGAGAGAGAAGGGAUAAGGUGCAGGCUCAUGAGGCCGUCCUUAGCACCGUGUCCGCUCUGACUGAUGAGGAGGUAGAAGAGAAAACAGUUCCUCUCCUCAAAGCCUUAGCAGGGGUCCGGGUUGCUGAGGACCAUACUGGCCAACUCGCACAGGUGUUUAAGCAGCUCAAGGAGUUGCGCGAAGACAUGGCCAAGAUGGCGCAGCAGCGCCGCGAUCAGCUGCAACAGUUUGCUAGUUCGCAUCAGGCUCAAAUCGUCUCUUCACUCACCUACCCUGCCUCCAAUGCUGCGUGUCAGUCCAGUUUUGCCCCUCUGACUACGUCUACUUCUUCUCCUUCUACUUCUUCUUCUUCUUUGAGUGUGGUUAACAGCCAAAGCGGAUCUGCAGCAAGUCCAGACCCCGCUGCUGCUGCUGCUGCAGCGGCAAGCGGUGGUGCAGGGACUUCUGGGACUGUUGCAGCCCCGGGCCCGGACCCAGCAAUGGCUGGGCAAGGCGGCAGCUUUGCUUACAUCGACAGGAAGGCGGCGCAGAUUCCGUCCAAGUAUGACGGAACGGACGACGUCGAGUCUUGGAUCAGCUCCAUGCGAUCCUACUUUGAUGUAUUGGGGACACCCCCGUCCACUCAGUCGUCUAUCCUGGGGACCAAUGUGGAGCCCAUCGUGAGGGGUUUCCUAGAAACCCAAGCUGUCCAACCAGGCUAUAAGAGAAUAGACCUGAACAAAUGGCUGAAGGUUACGCCUACCACCGCACUUGAGGAUCUCUUGAUCAAGCAAUAUGCUGAUCCACAGGCUGCAGCUGAAGCAAGACUCAAGCUUGACAAGCUCAAGCACAGCAAGUGGACCGGCACCAUGCACAGUCUGCAGCAGUACGUCAGUAAACUCUUUGCUACUCCGGAACUGGAGAUGACUGCGCAGUCUUGCUUGGAUGUGAUAAAAGGUACUGUCCCCUCUACUCUAAAAGAUCGCCUAGGGCUCGGGCUCAGCGGAUAUACAGAUUGGCUUACCCUCAAGCGGGACUUAGUCAAGCUGGAGGCACAAGACCUCCCGGGUGGAUCAAGUGGCAAAAAGGCCACUGGCCGCAAACGGUUGCCAGGCAGCAACCGUUUUGCAGCGCAUGAUCAGCUUGAGGCUGACGAGGAGACCCUCGUGGAUGAAUCUUCUCUUGAUGACGAUCAAGAGCAAGACUGCGGGGCAUCUUGCUCUUUGUCAGCCCAUGAGUCUGAGUUUCAAUCAUCUCCUGAAACCCCAUUUGAUGCUGAUUCCAAGGUUGAGAAGAUCCACAUCCUAUACAAGGAGCCCUGGGUAGAGUCGAAAGAGAUUGACUUUCAUGCUCUGUUGACGCGCUGGGCUCACAUGAAGCAAGAACGCGCGCAAGGGAGGACGAAGUUGAUCUUCUUCAAACUCUACAUUAAUGGCCAUUACAUCCGUGCGUUGGCUGAUUGUGGUGCAACCGCCAACUACUUCUCACCGCACGGCAUUCGUAAGGCACGUUUGGGGAUGAAGCAAGUGACUUUGCAGAAUCCUUGUCGGACCCAAGUAGGCAACCAAGAGGUUGUCACUUCUACGCAUGCAGUCAAAGGUGUGCGCACUACCUUUGACGCUGAUCGCACAAUUACGCAUGAAUUGAACUUCUAUGUCCUCGAUCAGUGCCCCUUCGACGCGGUUAUUGGCUUGGGCAGGUUGCAGGCCCAAUGUGAAAGAACCACGUGGAAGGACUCACAGUUCAUGGUCAAAGAUGCCAUGGGGAUCGAGCGUCCUGUCCUCUUGGAUGAGCCGCGCGAGUCCCAAGUGACCUUUCUCAAUGCAAUGCAAUUCUGCAAAAAGUGGCGAAGGCGCAAAACUGAUGAGCAAAUGUAUAUAGCCUUUGUUAGGCCUGCUCAUGUGCCUUCUAUUUUUGUUGUACAUAGUGAUUCUACUCUGCAUGAUGUGUCCACCUCGGAUGCAACUACUUCUACCUCUACUAAGUCCAUCUCUAGUCCAAAUGACUCUACUUCUAAUCUUGUUGUUUUGGCUGCACUUAUACAAACUGACAUGCUUGCUCCUGAGAGUGAUGAUCCCCCUCCGGAAAUCCCACCGGAAAUUCGCAACCUUCUCAACCGAUUUCCUGACGUCUUGGGUGAACCGCAUGGAGUCCCCGUGCGUCCGAUCCGACACAGGAUCGAGUUGAUUGAAGGUAGCACUCCUCCAAAGGGUUGUGUCUAUCGAAUGGGCUCAGGCGAAUUGGAGGAGUUGCGAAGGCAGAUUGAUGAAAUGAUUGGGAAGGGAUCGAUCAAGCCGAGUGAGUCAGAGUUUGGUGCACCGGUGUUGUUUGUCCCUAAGAAAGGAGGUAAGUUGCGGAUGUGUAUUGACUAUCGCGGGUUGAAUCGGAUCACGAGAAAGAAUGCAUAUCCUUUGCCACGUAUCGAUGAUUUGCUUGAUGCUGCGGGUGGGUGCAAAGUCUUCAGCAAGAUCGAUCUCAAGUUUGGCUACCACCAGAUCGAAGUCGAUCUUGCGGAACAACACAAAACCGCAUGCAAAACUCGCGAUGGGUUGUAUGAGUUUACCGUAAUGCCCUUCGGUCUCACGAAUGCGCCAGCCACCUUUCAAAGUCUCAUGGACAAAGUGUUCCGCCAUCAGAUUAACUGGUUUGUUGUUGUUUAUCUGGAUGAUAUACUGAUCUUCAGAAAAAUCGAUGGAGGAGCACAUGAGACACCUUGAGGAAGUGAUGCAAACCCUCAAGGACGCGCAGCUCCAUCUCAACUUGGAGAAAUCUGAGUUUGGGAGGGACAACGUCAUCUACCUUGGACAUUAGUUGUCUGCUGCAGGCCUAGAGCUUGAGGCAACCAAGGUUGAGGUCAUCCAAAAGUGGCCCCAACCUGCGAAUGUCCACGAGUUGCGUUCUUUUCUUGGUCUUGCGUCGUACUACCGUAAGUUUGUGCCUAAAUUUUCUAUCAUCGCUCGUCCAUUGUCUAGACUAACAAGCAAGAAUGUAUCCUACGCAUGGAAUGAAGAAUGCACGACAGC